GUGGGAGGACGCAUCAGGGAGGCUGUGGGCUAACGGGUGAGGGAAGGGACACACGCCAAAGCUCGGAGCACGCUGCCAUCUUCACCUCCCUCUUCUUCUCUUUCCUCUCCUUCAUAUCUGGGAUGAAUGAAGGUUCACCUGCUCAUCUGCGGCUUUUACAGCUGAAGGAACAGACUCUCCUGGUCUGAGCUGAUCCUGAACAAACCGAGCCUUGACAACAACCCCACGUCUCUGUCAGGACUCUGAGAUCCACAGACAGGGGUUACCAUGGAAGCCCCUCUGGUGUGUUUGGACGAGGAGUUCGAGGACCUGCGGCCCUGUCGUAUGGACGAUCAGGACUCCCUGAACCACUCCUCUUACUCCACCAACACCUCCUCCACCACCACCGUCCCCCUGGCCUCCAUCACCCGUGAGGACUUCUCCGAGCUAGAGAACUUCUCUGAGAUGAUGAGCUUCAAGUCGAUGGAGGACCUGGUCAACGAGUUCGACGAGAAGCUCAACGUCUGCUUCCACAAUUACAACACCAAGACGGAGAACUUGGCCCCCAUACGGAACCAGACGCACAACCAGGAGGACGAGGAGAGGCUGCAGGACGAAGACGUGUGGGAUGCUCUGACCGACAACUACAUCUCCACCUGGGACAACCCGGACCAAGAGGGGCUCAACGGGAAUCUGUCUGAGCAGGAGAUCCAUGAAAAGGAGGAGGAGGAGAUGAACGAGAAGAACGACAACGCCAACUGCCUGAACGAAGAACCGCUCAUCACAGCCGAUCAGGUCAUUGAAGAGAUCGUCGAGAUGAUGGAGAACUCUCCAGAUCCUGGUGAAACUGAGGAGGAGGACGAGGAGGAGAGCUGCCCCUCCAGAAACAACCCGUCCCUGCUGGAAGAGAUCAGGCAACUGUCACUGGCCUCCAACAACAACUGCUCCUAUGAAGGCCUGAGUCUGAUGCCCAGCUCAGCUCUCGUGGAGCUGCUUCACCGGGUGGAGGCCGCCAUCCGUGAGUUCUCAGAGGAGCUGGUCAAUCAGCUGGCUCGGCGUGAAGAGCUGGAGUUUGAGAAGGAGGUGAAGAACACGUUCAUCACGGCUCUGAUGGAGGUGCAGAACAGGCAGAGGGAGCAGAGAGACAGCAGCAAACGCCGGCGUCGGGACAAGGCUCUGAGUCUGCAGGCGUCUGUGAACGGAGCAAAUGUGGGGACCAACGGACACACGGAGAAGACGGGGACCAUGCCUGUCAAGCGUUUCAGCAUGGAGGGACUGUCUAACAUCCUGCAGACGAGCAUCAGACAGACGUUUGGAAGCACAGGGAAUGACAAACAGUAUCUGAACACAGUCAUUCCUUAUGAGAAGAAAGGCACCCCUCCAUCUGUUGACGACCUGCAGAUGCUCACAAAAAUUCUUUUUGCCAUGAAGGAGGACAGUGACAAGGUGCCUACACUGUUAACUGACUACAUAUUGAAAGUCUUGUGUCCCACCUAAAGCUCCACCAGGCCGGGGGCCACAGUGUGAUGGAGAAGCCUCCCUCCACCCCUCCCCCCGCCUCAGGCCCGAGCUGCAUGACCUCCCUUCUUUUACCGUUAUCAACCAUGGAUCCUCACCAUCGACAUUAUUGUAUUCACCUCGACUAUGACUACUGCCUUUCGCUGAGCUCACCUGUUUCCCUCCCUGCACAUUACGCUCAGGCCACAUGCAACAUGGCCGCCGUCUCCAUAGUUACAGGAGUGGGACGGAAAAAUCCUGCUUUAAAGGACUUCACUAAUGGAGCAUGACCUGCUACUAAUGAUCCUAACACUACUCCAGCACAGGGAUACAACCUUAUCAUUGCUUUACUUUCCUUCAUUUCUCUACGUUCCUUUGACUGAUGUUGCCAACACGUAUUUUUGAACGGACGUCCGUCUUCUGUUAAAGUGUUAUUGAUAAAGACGACACUGUUAAAUCAAUAAAACACCAUACUGGAUCCACAGUCAUCAUAUCCAUGUGAUGUUUCAGAUUAAGAUUCAUUUGAAUACAAAAGCCAUGCACCUUUCUGCCAACUUAGUACUGUAGCUCCAUGAGAGUGAGAGGAGACACACGAGUAUUACGGGUGCAGAGCAUCACGACGCUUUCUCUUUUCUUUGUCUUUGUUUGUCUCUCUCUGAUUCCAGUGCUCUUCUUUUGACUCUUCUUCUUCAUUUCUAUCUGAAUCUUUGAUAAGAACUGUGUUGCUGAUUUUCUACUUUGAUUUUCUGUGUCACCCUGUUCAGACAGGUAGAGGUGUUUCACUCGGUGUUCCUCCGGUUUAUCGUCCCCCUCAUGAGCUCGUUUCAGUAAAGGCGUGCAUACUAGCAUCAUUAUGAUUCCUUUGCGCCAUGUAGGUGAAUGUGACAUCGCUAAUCGCAAAUUCUAAUAAACAUUCAAUAAACAUUCAACCCUGAGAGUGUUCGUUUGUUAUGAUUUCUUUGCUUUUCGCAUAUUUGUCACACCUAAUUGUUUCACAUCAUCAUAUAAAUGAUAAUAUCAAACAAAGGUAACCUGAUUUAAUACAAAAUUCCGUUUUUAAAUGAUUAUUUCAUUUAUUAAGGGGAAAAACCCAUCCAGACCUGCUUGGCCCAGUGUGAAAAAGUCAUUGCCUCACUUGGUAAAUCCUGAAUUAACUGUGAUUAACCAAAUUUUUGGGAAAUCUGAGUUCAAUUUCAUUAUCCACUCCCAUAAAUCCCUUAAACAGAACCUGUCUGACAGAGUGAAGCAGGCUAACGGAGCUCAAUCACAUCAUGGCACCAUUUAAAGAAAUUCAAGAAGAGACAAGAAACAAAGUCGUUGACAUCUAUCAGUCUGGAAAGGCUUUCAAAGCCAUUUCUAAGGCUUUGGUACUCCAUAGUGAGAGCCAUUAUCCACAAAUGGAGAAAACUCGGAAGAGUGGUGACCCUUUCCAGGUGUGGCGGGCCUGACAAAAUGACUCCAAGAGUGCAUUGACGACUGGUCUAGGAGGUCCCAGAACAACACCCAAAGACCUGCAGGCCUCACUUGACUCAGUUAAGGUCAGAGUUCAUGACUCAACAAUAAGAAAGACACUGGGCAAAAGUUAC